AGCAAACUUGGUAUAUCAAGGUGUCACAGCCCGCCCCGUGUGUGUGUUUGUCGACGCUUGUAUUUCUGUCCGCUCCAUCUACGAUUUUUGGGGCACGAACAUUCGAUUUUCAAUUUGUUAGCACCACGAGAUAAAUAAUACCAAUACCGUGCACUCGAAACCAUGUCGGACGAACCCCGCGCAAAGCGUUCGCGCUUCGAUCAAACAGAGCCAGAGCCAAAGCGAGCAUCUCGAUUCGACAGACGCUCACGGUCUCCUGCUGCGAUAAACUCAGAAGCUAGAGACAGGAGCCCGCUGCGCAACGAAGAGAAUGGCGAAGCUAAGCCUGCUGCUCUUGACCCCGCCGCCGCAGCUGCUGCCGCCGCCGCCCGAAUCAACGCCCAGCUACAGGCUCGCAAGGGCAUUCAGCACGUCGACGUACCCCCAAUUCAAUCAGCCGAUGGAGGCCCUCCUGUCCGCCCUCCUGCGCCAGGUACUGGUGACGCCAACGACAAGCCUCCUAUCCACGGAGAGAUGUAUGUUGCUGGAGGCGAUUUCAUUCAGGAUAUCGAAAUCAACGAUCUGAAGAACCGCUACAUGGUAGCAAAGGCAUCUACACUGCAAAUGAUUAUGAGAGAAUCCGGUGCUGAUAUUACAACUCGAGGAAGCUAUUAUCCCAACAAGAGCAUGGCCACCGCUGCGAACCCGCCAUUAUACCUUCACAUCACAAGUUUGACAAAGUCUGGUCUGGAGGCUGCUGUUGCCAAAGUCAACGAACUUAUGCAACAGGAGCUCCCCCAGCUCGUUGACGAGAGACGUUUCCAGCGCAGAGACCAGCGAGAAGCUGAGCCUCAAGAUCGUGGUCGCCGCAAGUGGCUUGAAGAGAAGAUCCCCAUCGACCUCGACCCCGUCCCCCGAUUUAACCUCCGUGCUCAGAUUGUCGGUCAAGGCGGUUCAUACGUGAAGCAUAUCCAGAACGAGACUAGGUGUCGCGUUCAGAUCAAGGGCCGAGGCUCCGGAUUCUUAGAGCGUGAGACUAACCAGGAGAGCGACGAGCCCAUGCAUCUCCAUGUUACUGGACCCGAGCCUGACAUGGUUGAAAAAGCAAAAGAGCUUUGCGAAGAUCUUGUGAUGAACGUCAAGGAACAGCACGAAGAGUUCAAAAACAGACCACCUCGUGAUGACCGCGGUGGUUACCGCGGGGAUCGUGACGGAGGUGAUAGCUACCGUGGCAGAGGCGACAGAGGAGAUAACCGCUCCUACGGUCGUGAUUCGAACAAUGGUGGCUACGGCGGCUACGGUGGUGGCCAAGGCGGCCAAGGCGCAGAUGCUGCUGCUGCUGGCGGUGCCAACUCGGCAGAGCUGGCCGCACAGUACGCUCAGUAUUACCAACAGAAUCCGGGUGCAGACCCAUACGCUGCUUAUGGAGGCUACGCUGCCUACGCUGCUUACUAUCAACAGUAUUAUGCCCAGUACCAGGCACAAGCUGAAGGACAAGCGGGUGCAGCUGCACCGCCUCCUCCCCCCAGCGAUGCUGCGCCUCCUCCCCCACCUCCAGCGAACAAUCCUCCCCCACCACCGCCUUCUGGCUCGCCACCCGGUGCUGGAGGAAGCUACGGAGCAGUCCCUCCUCCACCUGGACUGUAAGGUAAAGGGGCUGCUAUUACCAGCUUUACGAGGUGGUUGUUGAUAUUUGGUAAAAAAGAAAAGUGCAUUUGGUUUGGUACACUAACACACUAUGCCAAAGUACAUCGUCGGGUCAUUAGUAGGGACUGACAUAACGUCGAAGAAUAACAUUGACGGGCGCAAUAGGCGAAACGACUACUACUACGGUGGCUCACAAACCCCAGAAUCUUUAAUUUGAGUAUUUUGUUGCUGCUGUUGACAAGGAAGCACUAAUUCCACAGGGGCGGCACGCGCUGCUGCUUACAUUUUGAUAUGGGUACAUGUUCGCUUGUGAUUGCUAUAGCUCACUUUGUCGGCAGGUUCUGUUUGAUGGUCCAGAUACCUUACUCCUGUAUCAGCUUUUGUGAUUGACGAAACCGAAUGGUUUGCCUAGAAGCUUGUAUAGUAGCCGCAAAUAAGAGCAGCGCGCCACCUGAGCGGUGGGCAAUCAGCGCACGUAGAUCCAUGAUAGUACGGCUCUAUUUACAGCAUGAUAAAUAUACCGUACUGCAUUAUAAUAGAUGCCUCGUACUUAGACCCUGGUAUUUAUUAAUAAUUUUAUUGAAAUAUAUAUAGCCUCGUA